GUCAUGAGAGAGAGAGAGAGAGAGAGAGAGAGAGAGAGAGCAUCUAAAAUUUAUAACACGUGAAGCUCUAUAAGAUGCGCAGGCACAGUAGAUUCCUCCUGAGAAUGAAUGCCACCGCCGCCGUUGAAAUGCUCUCCUCUCCCUCAAUCCAACUUCACACUCUCCAUUCCUCAACUUCCUCCUUCUCUCCCCAGAUCCCCCUCCGCCCCUCUUUUUCCUUCAGAAAUCUGGACACUCGCCGCGUUUCCGACUACAGACGAAUUGUUGGCUGCAGUUCCGCGGCGACGUCGAUCCGUUCAAUUUCAUCUGCGACGAUGGGGUUUGAACUCAAGCCCGAAGAAGCUAGAGUUCCUCCUGCUAUUCCCCCGCCUACCCCUCCUAUCAGCAAGUUCAAAAUCGCACUCUGCCAGCUAUCUGUAACAGGUAAUAAGGAACAAAACAUUGCUCAUGCCCGCCAAGUAAUUGAGGCGGCUGCAGGGAAUGGUGCACAGCUGAUUCUUCUUCCUGAAAUAUGGAAUAGUCCAUAUUCAAAUGAUAGUUUUCCAGUAUAUGCAGAGGAUAUUGAUGCUGGUGGUGAUGCAUCUCCUUCAACUGCAAUGUUGUCUGAACUUUCUCGCAGUCUAAAGAUCACAAUAGUUGGUGGGUCCAUACCGGAAUGGAGUGGUAAUAAGUUGUAUAACUCCUGUUGUGUCUUUGGCACAGAUGGAAAACUUAAGGCAAAGCACAGAAAGAUUCAUCUCUUUGACAUUGAUAUACCUGGCCGAAUGACCUUUCAAGAAUCGAAAACUCUCACAGCAGGGGAGAGCCCGACCAUCGUGGACACAGAUGUUGGGCGUAUUGGUAUAGGUAUAUGCUAUGACAUCCGAUUCCAAGAGCUAGCUGCUAUAUAUGCAGCCAGAGGUGCUCACUUGCUUUGUUAUCCUGGGGCUUUUAACAUGACUACUGGUCCCCUUCACUGGGAGCUAUUGCAGAGGGCAAGGGCAGCAGAUUGUCAGCUAUAUGUGGCAACUUGUUCACCUGCUAGAGACUCUGGUUCUAGUUAUGUGGCCUGGGAGCAUUCUACUCUUGUUGGGCCUUUUGGUGAAGUACUUGCAACCACAGAACAUGAUGAGGCAACAGUCAUAGCAGAGAUUGAUUACUCACUCCUUGAGCAAAGAAGAAAGUAUCUUCCAUUUCAGAGACAGCGUAGAGGGGACCUCUACCAGCUUGUUGAUGUUUUGAGGCUGAAUUCCACAGAGACCAGUUGAGGGGCUUCCAUUUACAUUGAGAAGUGGAGAUAACUGGUAAAGGGAACAAAGAUUCAAACCUCCAACUGCAGUAAUGAAGUCCAACUGUCUGUGUUGGUUCAUUACCAAUAUUUCUCCAUGAAUGUUAUUUGUGCCAAUGGAGGUUAGUUUCGGCUACACACCUGAGUAAUUCAGGCAGAAACGGGAAAAGAAAGCGAUAUGCUCCUUUGUUCCACUGUAAUGCAGCAAAACCGUUUUUCAUAUAUAGACGUGGACCUAAUAAAAAUUGGUUUUGUUGGCUCA